GUCUGUAAUUGUUCCUGUGCGAUUAGUGAGAAUAGUGAGAUUAGCGUCUUCUUCUUCUACUUGUCUGAAAUGGAGCUAAAAGGACUGGGGUUCGUCCCCCUCCUGUUGGCGUUUUGGUGUGCGGCCUGGCUUGCCACCAGCUACAUCGUGACGGUCGUCCUCGGCCAUGCAGCCUCGCCACUGAUGAGCAUCAGUGACGUGGGAAAUUUCUUUCCCGAAAGCAUAUUAUUUAGAAUUGGAUUCAUAGGGACGUCCAUUGGCACUUUGGUACUAACCUUUCUUAUUUAUAAGUAUAUGGUUAUGCAUACUGAAGAGUUCAGGGGUCAUCAGGUCCUGAUCCAGAGGAUCCUGCUGGCCAUUGUGUGGGCCUCCUGUUUUGCCACAGCUGUUAUGCAUGUAUUGUCCCCCGAAGAAUACCCCAGGAUACACUUUGUCAGCACGAUAAUUUCCAUUACAUGUGAAGCCUUAUACUACCUUGGGCAGUCCAUCCAGAUGUAUAGAUUACAAGGAGCAAAAAAAGUCAUCCACCAUAGUAGAUGCACCUGCUGUGGCCUGACUUUUGUCUGUGUAGUUUUCUAUUUUGGAUAUGAAACAUUAAAGGAAUUAUUCCAUAAUGAUGAAGACUGGGACGAGAUCCGUGAAAUCCCCAUCAUAAUCAUCGAGUGGGUGAUGCUUCUACUGAUCCUGAUAAACAUCGUGACCUAUUAUUCCACCAUGCAGAGGUUAUUGUUGACCGUCUCCAGAAACAGCUGCACACUCUCUCUUAGAGUAAAAAUUGAUGACUUCGGGGUGUAGACCACCACGGGGGCCAUCAAGUGGACUUCUGGGAGAAAUACUGCACAGGACACGGAAAACAUCUAAAGAAGAAUAAC